ACGCAGACGCUGCUUCUCUCCAUCUCAGGUCUGAGUGAGAGACUGCAGCAGCUGCAGACUUACUCCUCGGACUUGACCCUGAGACUGAACUCCACCGAGGACAGACUCAUGGUGCUGUCCAGCGCAGGUGUCCAGAAGGUGGCUUUCUCAGUUGGGCUCACAGACUCUGGAGCUGUCGGGCCGUUUGACUCUGAGACGAUUCUAAAGUUCACCAAAAUCCUGACCAACGAAGGAUCCGCCUAUGACCCCAGUACAGGGUCGAACAGGAAGUCCACUGCUCUAACAGGAAGUGCUCGCAAAAUAAAAGACAAUGCUGCAGAUUUUCACAAUAUAAUCCUGCGCUGGGACAAACUGAACAAUGAAGGGUUAAACAUUGCCACCAAGAUCAGCAACAAGAGGACUCAGUCCCGGCCGAAUCCGGACCUUUUGGUUGUUGGAGAAUCUGUGUUGUUCCAAUCUCUUCCUGCUGGUGGCGCUGAGGAGCUACAAGACGAGUGCUGCAAACUACAGGACAUAGUGAAGAAAAUGUCCGGUUUGGUUCUUAAGAUGGAACGGUUGCUGGAAUCUCACUCAGGACUCUCGGACCUGGACCAAUUCAGGACCCAAGGCCUGACCCCGCCCCUGUUUCAGACCUGGACCACAGCAGACUUCGAGUCCUUGGCACGCUCGGUCUGGUCCUGGUUUAGAUCUGAGUUGGACCUGAAGACUCUGAUCCUCCAGGACUUGGCCCACUGCGAGAGUCCGGACAUGAUCAUGGUCUACCUCAGUCUGUGGAUCCAUGAACCCCACAUCCCGGUCCAGACUAGACUUGGACUAGAGGGACUUCUGCUGGAGACUGGGCACCGGGACCUCUGAAACCAGGUCCCAAACCGGGUCCCAGCUGAUCCAAACGCUUGGUUAACCACUCUGCCACCACAAUAACAUUAUUCUUGUGAAAAGGGUUUGGACCUGACCUAGUUUAGUCCUGGUUCAGUCUGGUCCUGUUUAUAUUUGUGUUUGUGAACCUGAUCCAGUCCUAGUCCUGGUCCCGGUUUAGAUCCGGUUUAGAGUGAGCUGGUGACAGUUACAUAAGACGACUCUGCCGCUAUGUUCAGUAUGUGACACCGGACCCCCCCCCCCCCUUUCCCUUCCUCCUCCAUGAGCGUGCAUGAGACUGUGUGUGUGUGAGAGGAGGAGGUCUGGACUUAGGGUCAGUCUCAGGUCUAUAAAAGACCUCGGAGUCCAGAGACCGGAGUUUGGCCAAAAGAGCUCCGACCGAAGACAACCUGCACCGAGACCAGAACGAGACCAGAACGAGACCAGAACGAGACCAGAACGAGACCAGAA